CAUAUAAACCCCCACAUUUCUCCAUUAGCGCAAAUAUGGCGGCAAGGAGCUGAUGAAAACACUCUUUCUAUUGUGCAAGCGAACUACUUCUUGUGUGGCAGCAGAUUCCGCGGUUACAUUCCAGCCAAACUCGACCAGCAGAAGCGCAUGAGCACAUUCUUUCUACCGACAAGAAUUUUACUUCGCAGUUGUACCGAAAUUUCCAGAAAAAUGGCCAAAAUCAUCAAGCUCGACGAUGAUAUGCUAGAGAAGCAGCUCUCCAUGGCUGCCAAGAGUCUGCAGGCGGGGAACAUCAUCGCCGUGCCGACCGACACCAUCUACGGUCUGGCCGGACUGGCGCAGUCCACCGAGGCCGUGGAACAGAUCUACGCCAUCAAGGGGCGCAAUUCCAGCAAGCCUGUUGCCAUCAGCGUUGCUGAAGUCUCUGACAUUCCAAGAUGGGCUCGUAUGACCGUCCCCAUGGAGCUUCUGCAGGACCUCCUGCCCGGCCCUGUUACCGUGGUGAUGCAGCGCACCGCCGCCCUGAACACCAACCUGAACCCGAGCACGGACCUGGUGGGGAUCCGCGUGCCGCAGCACAAGUUCAUGAGACAGCUGGCAGAGACCUGCAUGGAGCCCAUCGCUCUGACCAGCGCUAACACAUCCGCUGCUGGCAAUACUAUCGACAUACAGGAGUUUGAGAACCUGUGGCCCCAGCUGGACCUGGUGUUGGACGGAGGGCGGCUGGAGUCCACCCAGGCUGUCCGCGAGGGGUCAACUGUAGUGGACCUGUCCGUGGAGGGGCAGUUCAGAGUGCUGAGAGUGGGAUGUGGGUACAAGUCCACGGUUGAGAUACUGGGUAGCAAGUACGACCUGAAGGACGCCACCGAAUACAUCCUGCCAGCGCACAAUUGACCUAUGACCCCUGACCCUGCUUUGCUUUUGCUUCUGGAGUGCAUACAUGUCUACAGUUGAUGUUCUGGCCAACAAAUAUGAUCUAACAGACAUUACAGAGUACGUUAUCCCCAACGGCGUCCACUGAGCAUGCUCAACACAUCGACAAACAAGCCACACACUCAUACAGAACCUACUGGGCAUGUGUAGAAUUUCUACAGGAGGUGACUGAAGGACUAAACUAGCUCACAAACAGAUGAAGAUGAAGAUUCCAAAUGACAGUAUUAGUACUAGUGCAGCCGUAAGCCUUCACGCAAGUGUCUGAAAGCCACAGAAUGUUCAUUCCUCUGUCUUGUCUCCCUAAGUCUAAGAAGGAUGGUAUUCCUCCAGAUCACGCAAUAUCUGGCAAGCAUGGGGCAAUACAUGUAUUAGAUGGUGACUCCCAUAACUUAAACUAGUUGUGCUGACAAAUCAUCUUUCUGAAAAGUACCAUCUUUCUUAUUGGGGAGACAAGACUGUCCUCUUGCGGAAGCUUAUGUAUUGAUUCUACAAUAACCUCUGAUGAUUUGCAUAUGUUCUUCUCUGUCAAAAAUGUGAUCAACAAUGCCAAAGGAUAGUGACAAGGGAUGGUGCAUGUCAUUUUUUAAUGUACCACUUUGUGCAUUGACCAGAGACUGUUCAAGUAGUACUUGAGCACAUCAAACUUUCGCUGGCUAUUAGGUGUUUAGUUAGUAUUGCAGAGAAAAAUUGAACAAACUAUCAGUUACCAGAGCCGUAGUAGGCUAGGUUAGAUAUUUUGAAAUCCUGGAUACAUCGCAUUCCUCUCCCAGAAUAUUUUUAAUUCCACAGAUUUGGCCAUGUACACAAGCCUUGCAAAGCUGCAGUCCUUACCAUAUUGCCACUUUGGCCAGUACUUGACAGAUGGAAAGGAAGUGUGAUAGGUUUCCAGAGUGGAGGAGAAAGACAUUUAUUUGUAGUAGUCAUUCCUUUGUUACUUGUGUAGUAUAUGUGGAAAUGUAACUUAUACAUGUCAGGUUGUGAAGUGGAACUGCUAUACUGGGCCCAUAGUCAUAUUAAGGAUUCACAAACAUGUUACUUGCAUUUGUAAAGGCAGAACAUGUUACUAACAAACUUUCCAACUCCAACUGCAAAGCACAAUGAAAGGUAAUUGCAGGAUAUGCCUUAGCUAGAGAAUGCUGAGGUGUCAAGGUCAUGAGAAUUGUACCAAAUUCAAAGAGUUUGUUGACUGGAUCAUGAGAUGGGACUUCAAAAGUCAACUUGAAGGUAAUGCCAUGCAUACUUGAACAUUUAAUUUUGGUCUGAGGACCAUUCUUCAUUUUUAUCAUAACUGGAUUGUUUAUUUCUUGAUUCAAAUGAUAGACUGAAGCUGUUGGUAUCAGAAUAUUCUUUGUCCUUCCCGUAUAUUCCAGUAGGGGGCGCUGUUGUCCUUAGAAUGAUUUUUUCCCACUUCCCAGUCAUGCUUAAUUGUUAAUGCUUGGAAAAUGUAUCAUUAAUGACAGAAGCCAUCAGAGUUGUACAGAAGAGUAAGGGACUGUUGGGUGGUAUUGGUUCUUAUGGUGGUUGUACAUUAAACCAGAUAUUCUUAUUAUAUUCUCUAAA